CCUCUCCCUCUCUGUCUCUACUCUCUAUAUACUAGGGUUGUCAUGUACUACUACUUAAAUCAUUCAUUUGGGUUAUUGGGGUGCAUCACCGUAUGCAUCAAUUCUCCCAGACAACUAGAAUACACUAUCUAGGUUGCUAGAGACCCCUACCACUACAAGACCUUAGAGCUGCCAUGGAGCCCAACGGCGGCGUUUGGGAAGGAGAGGGCGACAUCGACCUGAACCUGUCCCUGCAUCGUGCAUCGUCGCCGGAGCCGGUGGGCUACUUCACCUGCACCUACUGCGACAAGAAGUUCUACUCGUCCCAGGCGCUGGGCGGCCACCAGAACGCCCACAAGUUCGAGCGCAGCGUCGCCAAGCGCACGAGGGAGCUCGCCGCCGCUCGUCGCCAUGCCGGCGAGGCCGCCAAGGGAGGGAGCAAUGCUGCGGGGAGCUCCGUGCACUCCUACAGGAGGGCGGCGCCACCGCCGGAGGCGGCUCGCGGCCGGGACCUCAUCGCCGAGGAAAUCGACCUGUCCCUCAAGCUCUGAUGGUGCUGGAUUGAUCAAGGUUCUUUGCCACUGCAAACUUAUAGUCGAUUCGCCUUAUUAAUCACUUUUUGAGUUCUUGUGAUGUUUGUUCUCGCUGAGAGCUCAUGUCUAGACUCAUUUGGCCACUGAAACCAUGUUCCGCCCUCCGUGCUUCCUCUUUAUCUUC